GGACUUCGCUGUCAAAGAAUGGCUUCCAAUCCCUCAAAUGAUCCUAAUGGCCAGCCAAAAGCAGUCACAUAUCUGACCAGAAUUGCGCAUGGCUCAGCACCAUUCAUAACCACAUUCCUUUUAAUUCAUUUAUCUGCUCCAAUGGUAGCGAACAUUGGUGGAUCAAGCCUUUCAUCUCAAGUUAUGCUUUUAGGUAGAGAGUACUACCAAACGUCAUUCGGAGAGAAAUAUCUCGUUUUGGUGCCUCUCGGGAUUCACGUCGCGUCUGGCAUAGCCAAGAGAAUCCUUUCGCCCCCACAGCGAAAACCACGUAGCCUGCUCAGCAUAUUGAGUGUCACUGCUUAUGCAGCACUCUCGGUCUUUGUCCCUAUCCACUUCUUUACGCAUCGUAUAUCUCCUUCGGAUCCUGCAGCACCCAUUUUGGCUGUUGGUCCAGCGGAGCUGGACUACGAAUACGUUAAAUUCGCCCUGCAUACGUGGCCCUGGAGAAGCUGGGGUCUAUAUGCAGGCCUUGUUGGCUGUGUUUCCCUACAUGCUGCGGAAGGCAUGGGUGUUAUAUUCAACACAUGGUUCCGUGGUGGUAAGAAGAGCUGGUGUAUACCCAAAACAAACACGCGUAGACUCGUUGCUGCGUGUGUAACAUUGCCAGUCUUAUCGGGCUUGUUUGUAUUCUCUAGAGAACCUCUGAUGACAUUAUCAUCUUUCGCCGGUAGAUUCGAGGCAGCUUUCACCCAGUCAUGGAUAUAUAGAUUGUAAUAUACUGUAUCGUCAUGGAGAGGGUGUUUAUCUACAAUAAAACAUAUUUGUUUGAUCGGU